GUCUCCGACCAUUCUAAAUUUGUUUGGGAAAAUUAAACGUCCUGGGGGGGAAAAAAGCAGACGCUUGUCUAAUUUUUGCGGGUUCGAAGGUGGAUGAAAGCCAUUGGUUCUGGGGAGCUGAUGACGGUGAGAGCGCUCCGUGUUCUCCAGGAGCGCCUUCUUCAGCUUCUUUCUGCACCCAGCAGCUGGGACCACAGCACCAUGUGGAGCUGAGCUGUAUCUUUCCCUCUCUUUUUUACGCUUCAAACUCUCUUUUUUCCAGAUAUCAUCAGCUCUGGUUCAUUUCAGAGCGCGUCCCAGAAGCGCGCAGAGCGGCGCACAUUUGGAGACGAGGAAAAAAACCAACCAAACAAAAAAACAAUCAGUGGUCAGUGCAGCGCAGGCAGGUCUUUGCUCUUUUAAAAAGCAGCAGGGACGGCUGGCUGCUGGAGAGUUGGCGCUGUCGGUGCAGGAGCGAAGACGGACUGCGCUGGUUGGGGGAAAGCAAGAAUUAAAAACAGUGGAAUAAAGAGGGAGAACUUGGAUAUGGCUGCUGUGAAGACGUUCAACCUUCUCGCUGGAGUUGUUUCAUUGUUGCUCUGUGUGUGGAAUAUCCGAGCGGACAUCGGAGACGGGGUCUCUUAUUCGUAUGUGUUGGAGCGAGAUGGAGAUGAGGGCUCAGCGGUGGAUGUAAGGCUGUACAGUCACCGAUGGAGGAGGUGGCUUCCCCCAAAACCUCGUAACAUGGACAGCAACAGAGCUAGCCAGGAGCAGGAACAGGAGCCAGAGCCGGAGGAGCUCGAAGGGUUCCCUGGCCUGCUGUCCGCAGAGGACACAGACAACAGCUCCCAGAUUGAGGAGGACAUGGAUCACAACUACUACACAUCAAAAACAUACGGUCCGUCAGAUCCUAUGAGCAAAGACUUGUGGGUAAAUAUUGACCAGAUGGAGAAGGACAAAGUGAAGAUCCAUGGGAUUCUGUCUAACACACACAGACAGGCAGCGAGAGUUAAUCUGUCCUUCGAUUUCCCGUUUUAUGGACAUCUCCUGCGUGAAAUCACUGUAGCAACUGGUGGUUUUAUUUAUACCGGAGAUGUCGUCCAUCGGAUGCUCACAGCAACACAGUACAUCGCUCCUCUGAUGGCCAACUUUGACCCAAGUGUCUCCAGGAACUCUACUGUAAUCUAUUUUGACAAUGGCACUGCUCUGGUGGUGCAGUGGGACCACGUCCACCUGCAGGACAACUAUAACUUAGGCAGCUUCACCUUCCAGGCCACGCUGCACAACACAGGAAGGAUUGUGUUUGCAUACAAAGAGAUCCCCAUCGAGAUAUCACAAAUCAGUUCUGUCAAUCACCCGGUGAAGGUGGGCUUGUCUGACGCCUUUGUGGUGGUCCACAAGAUCCAGCAAAUACCCAACGUAAGACGGAGGACGAUUUAUGAGUAUCACCGUGUGGAGCUUACAAAGACGAGGAUCACCAAUUCUUCAGCUGUGGAAAUCAUUCCUUUACCCACCUGUCUCCAGUUCACCAGCUGUAGUACCUGCAUCUCCUCUCAGAUUAACUUCAACUGCAGCUGGUGUCAUCGGCUCAACAGAUGCUCCAGCGGCUUUGACCGCCAUCGACAGGACUGGGUGGAUAACAGCUGCCCAGAUGAGACCAAAGACAAGAUGUGCGACAUAGACGAUACUACGCAACUGUACACCUUCACCACCACUAUCACUGCCAGAACAGCAUCGAGAAGUAAAGGAAGCACAACAGGCUGGGGCACACCUUCCACCUCUCAUCCUCCCACCAGCGCUCCUACUGAAGAUGAUACCAAGAUUGCACUGCAUCUCAGAGACAACCAAGUAAUGCCUGCUGACAGCGCCGUCAACAGGGUGCCAGGCACGCAUCCUCUGCACACCGGUCUGAUCUUGGGCAUCCUGCUGGUGAUGCUCAUCAUGAUUGCCGGCGUUCUGAUCACGGUCUACAUGUACCAUCACCCAACCUCUGCUGCCAGCCUCUUCCUCAUCGAGAGACGCCCAAGCAGGUGGCCGGCCAUGAAAUUUCGCCGGGGUUCGGGUCAUCCCGCGUACGCUGAGGUGGAGCCAGUGGGCCAUGAGAAGGAGGGCUUCAUCGAGUCAGAGCAGUGCUGAGGAACCUCUCACCCAGAACCUCCAGGAUCGACCUAUUGGUUUAGGAGCUUUGGUAAAACUCUGAAUUUGGCCCUUUAGAACUAGAGGAAACCCACUGAACAGCUCCUGUCGGUGAGGAACAGACUUGCCGGGGACACGGGGGAAUGGGACAGCACUGAGACAUCGUCAAUUCAGCUGGCAUUGAUAAGGAUUUCUGGCUGCUGUCAUGCUGCCAGGAAGGGACUGGACUGACUGGUUGUUUUUGUCCAAGCAGGAAGCAGGGUGACCUAUACAAUAUAUAUUUUCAGAACCAAUACAGAGUAAGUGAACAGAGACUUCCACUUGAUUGUCAGUGGUGUUAUAAGCCUUUGUAUAUCCAUCUGGUUUAUACUAGUAUUCCUUUUUAUUCCUUUUUUUUUUGCAAUUAUCAGUAUGAUAGGGUUGGCACAUUUCUCUGUUGGUAUUGCUUUUCUAUACCACAGCAGAUGUAAUUGACUUUUCCACAUCCUGCUCUGCUGUGCAACAUGACGUGAGCUGAACAGUCAUUGAGAUCAAUCAGAGCUCUGAACAUUCAGCUUCUUUUUUAUGGGUUAGUUUAUGAUGAUCAGCUGGGGAGACUUAGUGUUUUUCGUUUUCAUGGGUGAUGGGAGCAUUUCUUUUGUGUUUGUAUAUUCAUUAAGGCUGUGCCCUUUUGUCCCUGACUAGAAUUUGCACCGUUUUUUGUUGUUUUUUUCCAUUAAUUUUCAUGCACAUUUUUAGAUCUUGCAGAUUACAAGACAGGUGCUUGUGAGUGUGAAUAUAUUUUCUGAAGUGUCAGUAAUUUGUGUGUGUGAAUACAGAGGAGUAGUUAACAGCACUGAUGGGAUAUCUGCUUACUUUAUGGGGUUUUAUGCUUGAGCUGGCUCUGUACAAGUGACUCUUACAUUUAGAGGUGCACAGGAUGUGCAGUCAGGUCUUUACAUACAGUCAUCAUGAUAAUGAAUGGCAUACAUUUUAAAUUACUUCUAACCUUUUUUCAGAUUGUACAUACAACUCCAUUUAUUUUUAAAAACAACAAUUUGGCAUAGAAAUUUUAAUCUUUUGUAGAUUUUCUUUGAUCCACAGUAAUAUUUGGUUAGCCACUCUCUGAUAGUAGGAUUAAGCAACUACUUUAGUUUGAAUGAUUCCUUUUGGUUCUCCCAAAAAUUCUACAUAGUUAAGUCUUUGCCUAAUUUAAUUUAUUGUAGAUUUUCUCGAAUCCUCACAGUCAAAAUUAUGCACAAUCUUCCUCACUAACCUUUGAUUAAAUAUUCCAUGGCAAGUUGUACCUUGAUCACAGGCUUUUUGUAGCUCUCGCCAACAUUGUGGUAUGACAUUGGCUUCAUGUUUAGCCACUCGUCAUAGGUGCAAAAUACACCGCAAAUUCUUAAUCCCGAGGGUUCAGGUUAUCUUAAAUUAACCUGCUUUAUUUACUCCAAAAUCUCAGGUUAUAUAUGGGAUUAUUGUUCAUUUAAACUCCUAAUUGUGAUGACAUUUUAAAAGUCUAACUUCUGAUUGGAAGUGAAUGAUAAGCCUUCAUUUGACACAGUCAAAUAAUACUUGUUUGAAAUGGAUGAUCCUAAAAUCUGAAACACCCCAGUUUGUGUAAAUAUGCAUUUCCUCUUGUAGAUAUUCAGUAAGUUCCUUGUACUUUUCCAAUGUUCUGAGUAUUGGUCAAUCGAAUGUGUGACACCAAAUCCUUUUUAUACUAGGAAAAAAAGAACUACCAGCUACCAUCGAUCACGAUCACCAAUGAGAAAGUAGUGGGACCUUCAGCAUUACAUGUUUAACAAUUUAGGUGAAUGCAAGCACAUGUUUGAGCCUGUAUGUAUAUUUUUGACUGUGGAGUGAGAAAAUUCAUACUAACUUCCAGUCAAAUUAUGUUUAGAAAAUUAUUUUUAAAUUUUAAAUAAUAAUUAAAAAUAAUUAUAAUAAUUAAUGUGAUGAAUGUAUGUAAACAGCUGGCCGUAACUAUUUCUGAAAACAAAUGUCACUGAUUGGAGAUUUAUUGAAUAUAAAGGACUGUUUCCUUUUCUAGUUUCACAACAGGAAAUAACCAGUUCUGUAUGACUUUAACAGUUUAUCCUUGUGAACAUAAUAAUGUAUAUACCAAACCAAAACAUUUGCAGAUUCAGGUAACUCGUGGCAAACAUUUAUAUAGCAGUGAUGGUACUGAGAGACAUUUUUUUUAUUUUUUAUGAGUGGCCUUUUUUCCUCUACUUUUUUACUUAAAUGUGAACACUGUUGUGUUUUUCUUGCUGUCACAGAUCAAUACGCAAUCUAAACAUUAUUUUUUGCUGAUUACACCAAUGAAUGUGGACUUAAUGUUGAGACAGACACUCGGGAUCAAUAUACUGAAAUUCUAAUUUGCAAAACAAAAAAGUGCAAUGUUCCAUCAUCAAUGUUCAGGACACAGAAAAUGCAUAAACUUUCCAUUU